ACUCUGAAACUUCACAAAGAAGAACGAGCCAAAUUUUCGCUUCUUUUAUUCGUCUUUUUUUGCGGGUGCGAGCAAUCGAACUACUAUUUCCUGAGUAUUACAAGUGAAAUUAGCCACAAAAACGUACUAAUCUCGAUUACGAAUAGCGUUGAUCGCAAAGUAAUUUUAAAAUACAUUUUGGAAAUAUGUCGGAAACAACGGGAACAAUAUAUCCACCAGUUUCAUGGGCCCAACGAUUUGAUCUGCUCUAUGUAAUCAUCGACGUUGAAUGCACCAACAUUGAACAUAAAGUGACGGAGAAUAGUUUCACUUUCAAGGGUGUUAACGCCUUAGACGCCUCCAAAAAAUAUGAAGUAACGCUAAAUUUCCUACACAACGUGGAUCCGGAAAGGGUGACGAGCAAGAACAUUGGGCGUUGCUUGGAAUUCACUAUUUACAAGAAAGAAAAAGGUCCCUACUGGCCCAGCCUCACCAACGAUAAAAUCAAAUUGCACUUCUUGAAAGCGAAUUUCGCAAAGUGGAAAAAUGAGUCCGAUGAUGAGGAUGAGGGUGAACCUGAAGCCCCUUUUAAUAACUUAUUUAAUUCGUCAUGGGACAAAAAAUUCGACGACAUGGGUCUAGAAGACGAAGAUUCAGAUGAUGAUAUCCCCAGCUUAUCCAAAAAUGACGAAGAUUCUUCGGAUGAGGAAAAGGAAAAGGAGAAUGUACAAGAAGAAAAGCCAGCAGCUGCAGAUGCUGAGCAAAAAUAGUUUAAUAAUUGGUUAAACAUUUGAAAUAUGUAGUGCAGAAGUAAAUGGAACCUUAACAAGAGAAGAUCACAAAUGAUCACAAAAAGAAACUCCAAACUAUACAUUAAAAACCCCUAUUAAUAUAAAUAAAUAUUUUUUCCAGGAGAGUGGGAAAAGAAAAAUCAAACAAUAUUUGACCAACUUCAAUUAGAAAAUCAUUUCAAAUUUAGUAUGUAAAAUGAUGCUAAAGCAUAAACAAAACAAUUCCUUUAUUUCAUUUGUGUUGAGGUAAACUUUCACUAAGGUACGCGAGUAAUAACAUAUUAUAUAGAAUUUAUAAGCCAGAAGUAUGUGCACCGUACUAUUAGUCACUCGAUUUCCAUAAAACCUACAUAAGUACGGGUGCAUUCCAAAACGUCAAAAUAAAAAGCAUCAGUCUGUUAUUUCUAAACCUCUUGUAUUUUGUAUUGCCAAAUGUGCGCAGUUACGGUUAGAUGCUAGUUUUCUACUAGGUUGCACAAGUUAAGACUUCUUCUAGUGCGGUUUAGAAAUAAAAGUGACUGAUGCUUGCUUUGUUUUUGACGUUUUGGAACGCACCCGACACAUAUUGACAAGAAAAACAAACAUAGCGUUGAUUAUGGAAAUUAGUUUUUUUCCUGUAAAUAAAGGAAAUCGCAUGCGAUUCAACAACCGUUUAUCCAAUAUUUUUACAUUGAUGAGAAAUACAUAUUUUAAAUUUUAUACAUAACAAGUUUAGUCUGUUUGCGCAAAGCGUAGCAAAUUUGUGAGCAAACACAAUUUAAAAUGAAAUAUGGAAAUUGGCAAGAAUUUGAUAAAAAGUAUUAAUACUUACCAAAAUACAUACAAUUUGUUAUCUUUUUUUAACAAAAAAUAACGAAGUAAAAUUUAUAGCAAAAAUUAAAAAGCUCCAAUUACUAUAAACUUUAAAAGCAUUUCAUGUUGCAAUUCAAUUCAAAUAUGUAUUUAUUUUUUAGCAACGCAUGUUUUCAUAAUUCACUUAACACAGCCAUUUUAAGAUACUCCUACUGAACUGUUUCCGUAUUGACAGAAAUGUUAAAUUGUGAAAUAUAAGCGCUUUGAAAAGAAAUAAAUAUUACGCCUAAACUUA